UCGAGGCCUCUGGGAAUCCGGAGGGAAUACGUGGCCUGAUGGUGUACAGAAAAGGAGUUCAAAGGAGAAGACUAUUCCGAAAGUUCAUUCGACAAAAUAGGCUCACAGCUUCUGAGUCUCUUGGAGGACCCAGAAAAUAGAACCAUUCCUUCAAAGCUCAAUUGGGAUUUCUCUUUCCCUAUUUGAUUCCCAGAGGAUCUAUUCCCUCUCUUGUUUUGAUGAAGUUUCUUUAUUCUUCUGGCACUACUAGUCUCUAUUUUGUGUUGUUGUAAUGUGAUCAGUUUAUCUCCCACCCUCAAAAUGCAGAGAAUGACGUUUGGAUUUGCCCACAAAUGGCCCCAAGAAGCUGUCCGAAGCCUCACUUCAACAAUUGGGCUCAUUGUUUUUACGUUAUUGGAUUUGCUGGAUUUCUUUCUAUGCAUCUUUUACAGUUUCAUUGAUGGGUUCCUGGAAGUAGACACCUCCUCUUGUUACUGCCAUAACAGGGGAGAACAGAGGACGAACAUAGAUGGGAGGGAUAAAGAAGCUGAAAUUUCAGAAACUUUGUACAGGCGGAAAAACAUUUUCAGGGAUUUGGGCCUUCCAAUUUUGAGAGCAAAAAGAGAUGAUUCCAUUAAGAGAGGUAGUUUAGUGGGGAACAGGUGGUCAGACUGCAAUUGUGAGUCUUGUGUUUCAUGGCAGCUCAAUGGAGACCAGAAACUUCAUGUUGUUGUCAGUGAGCCCUCACCAGUCGCCAAUGAAGACUGCAAGGGAAAGCCAACUGAAAAUGUGAUUUUCUUACAUGGGUUUCUCUCAUCUUCCUCCCUUUGGACCGACGUGGUAUUUCCCAACCUCUCUGAACCUGCAAAGCAGAGCUACAGAUUGUUUGCAGUAGAUCUCCUAGGAUUCGGAAGGAGCCCAAAACCACGGGAUUGUCUUUACACCUUGAAAGACCACAUGGAAAUGAUCGAGAAAUCUGUAAUUGAUCGGUUUCAGUUGAACUCUUUCCAUUUGGUUGCGCACUCCAUGGGAUGUAUAAUUGUUUUGGCCUUGGCAGCAAAAUAUUCUAAGUCUCUAAAGUCAAUUACACUGAUAGCACCGGUGAGUACACGAAGCAACUUAAUUAACCAGCCUUACUUCCCCUCAUCUGACGACAAUGUGAGUUUAACUGCACUCAACAGACUAGCUGAGAGGAAAUUGUGGCCACCAUUGCUUUUUGGUUCUUCAGUCAUGUCAUGGUAUGAACAUGUUGGAAGAAGCAUCUGUUUCAUCCUCUGCAGAAACCACCAGAUGUGGGAAUGGAUUCUUAAACUGCUAACUAGAAGGGACCUGCAUUUCAUGGCUGUGGACUUGACCAAGCACACCCAUCACUCAGCCUGGCACACAAUGCACAAUGUGAUAUGUGGUGGAGCAAAGCUAAUGGAUGAAUACUUGGAAGUACUGAACAAGUCGGGUGUGUCAAUUACAAUCAUCCAAGGAGACAAGGACCAGGUGGUUCCAUUUGAAUGUAGCCACAACAUGAAGCUUAAAGUUCCACUUGCGGAGGUUAAGACCAUCUCUAAUGCCAAUCACACAACUGUAAUCAUGGGUAGAGAAAAGGAAUUUAUGAGGGAUUUAGAACAAAUAUGGUGUUUUUCUGGGAAAUAAAAAAUUGUAAAAUGGAUGUGCUCAGAAAGAUGGAUAAUACUUGGUGCCAUCCAUCCUCCACUUGAAAGUGCAAAAUUCAAUUAUUCAAAAUAUUUGUAUUUGAUUUUUGUCCAA